CCGGGUUGCUGGGUGUUGGUUGUUCUAGCUGUUCCAGUGUCGGAAGAGCCAGUGGGUCAACAGGUUUGAACUUGUCCUGGAAGCUGUGCGUCACCAUAAUGAGGCUUGUAAUUCUUGAUAACUAUGAUUUGGCUAGUGAAUGGGCAGCCAAAUAUAUCUGUAAUCGGAUCAUUCAGUUCAGACCUGGACAAGACAGAUAUUUUACACUGGGUUUGCCAACAGGGAGUACACCUUUAGGAUGUUAUAAAAAACUUAUAGAAUAUCACAAGAAUGGAGACCUUUCUUUUAAAUACGUGAAGACCUUUAACAUGGAUGAAUAUGUAGGACUUCCUAGAAAUCAUCCUGAAAGCUACCAUUCUUAUAUGUGGAAUAACUUUUUUAAGCAUAUUGAUAUAGAUCCUAAUAAUGCUCAUAUCCUUGAUGGGAAUGCUACAGAUUUGCAAGCAGAAUGUGAUGCAUUUGAAAAGAAAAUAAAAGAAGCUGGAGGAAUUGAUCUUUUUGUUGGAGGAAUUGGUCCAGAUGGUCAUAUUGCUUUCAAUGAGCCAGGAUCCAGUUUAGUAUCAAGGACAAGAUUAAAGACUCUAGCAAUGGACACCAUUUUGGCAAAUGCUAAAUAUUUUGACGGAGAUUUAUCAAAAGUGCCAACUAUGGCUCUAACAGUUGGUGUGGGGACAGUGAUGGAUGCUAGAGAAGUAAUGAUCCUCAUUACAGGCGCACACAAGGCAUUUGCUCUCUACAAAGCAAUAGAAGAAGGAGUCAAUCACAUGUGGACUGUUUCAGCUUUCCAGCAGCAUCCCCGAACUAUUUUUGUAUGUGAUGAAGAUGCUACUUUAGAAUUAAGAGUUAAAACUGUGAAAUACUUUAAAGGUUUAAUGCAUGUGCACAAUAAACUUGUGGACCCACUGUACAGUAUGAAAGAAGGAAAUUGA